CUUCAUUGCAGUCGUUCUUUUAGCUGACAUCUGCCGCGUUUUCUCGCCAACAGCAAAGAUGGGUGCCCUCAAGUACGUCGAAGAGCUUCAGAAGAAGAAGCAGUCGGAUGUCGUGCGCUUCCUCGCCCGAGUGCGCUGCUGGGAACUCCGUCAAUUGACCGUCAUCCACCGCGCCUCGCGCCCUACCCGCCUCGACAAGGCUCGCCGUCUCGGAUACAAGGCCAAGCAGGGCUAUGUCAUCUACCGCGUCCGUGUCCGCCGUGGUGGCCGCAAGCGCCCGGUUCCCAAGGGUGCCACUUAUGGCAAGCCCACCAACCAGGGUGUGAACCAGCUCAAGUACCAGCGAUCCCUCAAGGCCACCGCUGAGGAGCGUGUCGGCCGCCGCUGCGCCAACCUCCGAGUCCUCAACUCCUACUGGAUCAACCAGGACUCUACCUACAAGUACUACGAGGUUAUCCUUGUCGACCCCCAGCACAAGGCCAUCCGCAUCGAUCCCCGCAUCAACUGGAUCGUCAACCCCGUCCACAAGCACCGCGAGUCCCGUGGCCUCACCGCCACCGGCAAGAAGUCCCGUGGCCUCAACAAGGGUGGUCGCUACAACAAGACCCAGGCCGGUCGCAGAAAGACCUGGAAGCGUCACAACACCCUGUCCCUGUGGCGAUACAGGUAAACGACCACUCUUUUCGGUCGUUGCUGGUGUGGUUGGGGGAAUUCUUUCUUCCAGGUACUGGGUCUGCUUUCGGCAUUGCAUGCUUGGACUCUGGGGAGUCGGGAACCUUGUUUGGUAGCAAAAAAAUAUGGAAUGGGAAUAAUUCCUUCAGAGUAAACAAUGGUUCUCCGCCUGGAAAUCUUGGUGACUGCGGUCAUGAAGUGCUGCGUUCCCUGUUCCGUGACAUUCUCUACCCCGUACCAUAUGCCUUCCUACCGUGACUCUAGCUUUGUCCCUUUUUUGUUCGUGGAAGUUUUGAAAACGAUACCUGCAAGCUUUGUUGAGGAUUCAAUGUUAGUAAUUAGACAGACCACAACCAAUCCUACCUCAGCCUCGGACUGCUUGAGACUCCAUGUU